UGAAGUAUUUUCCGCCCUCUGCCGGCCAACACGUUUCACUGCAGUAUCGAGUUCCUGGUUCACGCUCUCGGCGACUGGAGCACCACGCAGCAUCAACUUUUUAACAAUGCAAGUAGUUGGGUGUUAGCUUCUCAAAAAAAUACUUUAAGCGAGCACAGCGUUCAUAUAUAUACUAUUAGUGGCACACAUCUUUGCCGGGGAAUGAUUGUGUAGACUUGUGCAGGUUUCGCUCAGUAGACUACCGAGCUAAGCUAGCAGACUCGCUAGCUAGCUUAGCUACAUUGCGAUUCAAAAUGACUAACUCCUGCGCUGCAGCCAACUGUGAUUACGAGCAAGAUGGACCCGACCACGGCACUCCACUUUUCAGCUUUCCCUCGGACCCGGAGCGCUGCAAACAAUGGUUGGUUAACUGUUGCCGUGAAGAUCUGGCGUCACAAGCUCCGGAGGAACUGCACAAACUGUACAAAGUUUGUGCAAAACACUUUGAGCCCUCGAUGAUCUCCCAAGAGAUUUCCUGCGCUUGUGUCUUAAGCGAAGAUGCUGUUCCGACAAUAUUUGACUUUACUACGCCUACAAAUAAUGACUCGACGUGCAGCAGGAAACGUGCAGGAAGCCCUGCGGAAGAGGAACCCGCUGUGAAAAAGUGUCCCGGAGAUAAUACAGCAACACCAAAACCGACUGAUGAACUAGAAGCUACUGUUGAUGCCAGCCUAACGCCCGAAGAACCGAAAGAGGAUCCCGGCGUCUCGAAAGCUAAAGACACUCUCACCGCUUAUUUCAAGGAGAUUCUAGCGCUGACUGGAUUCAGCAUCAACGGCGCCAAUAUCAACACCGACGAACCCACCGGCGAAUCCCGUCAACAUUCGCUGAAGAAAUUAUGCGCAGAGAAAAUCGACAAACAGGAAAUCCUCCAGUUCAGCGAGAACCUAAUGAGAGCGGAGAUCCAAAACACACUGAGACACGCCCGGUUCUUCUCUAUCAUGCUCCAAGAUGUGACUAAUAUAGACGGGAGAGAGCAGAUCCCGAUUUUUAUUCGAUCCGUCACCGAGGUUGGGCUCCCGCAAAAACACCUCGUUGGAUUCUUGCCUUGUGACUUGAACGCGGAAAAUCUGUUUAACUUUCUUUUAUCGGAAUUGAGAGAAAAAUGGGGUUUAGGGAUGGAGCACUGCAGAGGACUUUCGUAUCUGGUGACCGGACGCAUGUGUCAAACUAUGCGAGAUCUCACUUGUAAGAUUUUACUGGAGUUUCCGCAAGUGGUUUUAUCGCCAAGUGACCCGUAUGCUUUCAAUAUAUGGAUUAUACGCUGCAUGCCCGUACCCACGAUUCAAAAUAUUAUCGACACUGUAGAAGAGGUAGCCUCGUUACUCAGGGCAACACCGGAGUUGUACAAAAGACUAGAAGGAAAGAUUCAAAUGAUGUACGGGCACAUGAAAGGAGAAGUGGACCGAAUCAAAGCGAUUCUAAGCGUCAACUGGGAAUACGGCACCGACGCUUUCCAAACCAUGUUAGAUAUUCUGGAACCUUUCCUCAACUGCAUCAACGAGAUGAUCGCCAAGGUGGACGAAGACACCGCCGAACAGGUCGCCAAACUCAAACCGGUGUUGAAAAAUUUCAAUUUCAUUAUGACUUUAGUCGUUCUAAAAAACACGCUCUGCUGUGUUAGCAUACUCAACUCCAGCCUCAAGGGAAUCAUUAGCAUGAGUAGCACCCUGCAGUACACAAUUUCCAAUGCCUUAAAGCUGGUAAGCAAGUACCAACAGGAGAUUGCGGUAUUCAACAAAAAAUGGCUUGCGGACGCGGUCGGUCGUGCCAAGAAGCUCGGCGUCGAAGUGAUAAAACCGGAAUUGGACCAAGGAGACUCAAAAGACACCCCGCUGGAGGACUUCUACAGAGAAACCCUCGCCCGGCCUAUCUUGCAGUACUUAGUCGCCGAAGUCAACCGAGUGUUCAGUAUCGAGAUGGUGAGAAUUCUCCGAUGGCUCUCUCUAGUGCCUUCCUACAUGGCCGACCACAGUUUCAGCAUUCGUCGGGACAAAGUGGCGGACGCAAAUUUGAACAAUCUUGCCAGACCCGACACAUUCUACGAAGAACUCGGUUGCUGGGAAGUGAAAUGGCGGCACGCAAGCAAACGAAGAAUCCUGCCGACUACGGUGUUCGCUACUCUGAAGAUACCGGACAUCGGAUUUUAUCCAAACGUUCAGAGCUUGUUGAGAGUCUUGGGUACCGUUCCGUGCAUCAACGCCGAGGCGGAUGUUUACGGACAGUACAACAUGGUACUGGAGCGAUGCCACGCGUAUCUGAAAGCCACGCCGGAGGACCAAAGACACUGCAGUUCGGCGUACAUCUACGUCAACCAGGAUGUGCAUUUCAGCGUGGAACAAAUGGUGGACUCGUACGUCCAGAAGCAUCCAGAAAUACUGAAGAUCUUACAGAUUGAUGAAGAAACCCGGAAUAAGACCAGCGAUGUGACAAGCCAAGAAAACCAUUCCGAAAAAGACACUGAAGACGAAUUAAGACUGCAGCUAAUAAACAUGGAGAUGGAUGCCGAGAGGCUUGUAGAGAUGAAGUGCGCCGAAACGGACAGAGAAGCGUUAAAGUCCGCCCUGCAGGCCGCGGUGACCGCCGCGUACAACAGCCAAAGCUGGCAGCAAAGCGAGCUAUCCGCCGCUCAGGACGGAGAAGUCGAAUACGUCACCAAAUCCGAAAUGAACGAAGUCCUCACCGUGUGUGAAAAUGCCGUCAAAGAGGGAAUUCUCACCGAAGUCGGGAAUUCGUUCUUUUCCUUGUUCAUUGACCGUGUGGUGAAAUUUGCCGGGGAGGACUAUCUUCCGCUUUUUCUUCGAUUUGUUGACAGUUUCGAUGUCAUGCGUAUGGAGUUGUUGGGAUUCUUGGAAGCGUCUCUGGAUUGCGACGUGAUGGUGCAACGGCUUUUGGCGAUAGUCACGGAAGAGUGGCGUCUUGAUUUGAAUAACUGCCGAGGUCAAGCGUACCUCGGAUCCGGGAACGUUUCUUACAAACUAAAAGCGUUCGCUUGCAAAGUACAGGAAAAGUACCCGCUCGCUAUUAGCACGCACUGUUCUUGCUACUCGUUCAAUACGUGGUGGUCAAAAUCGACCCCGGUGCCCAUUAUUAAAAGAGCGCUUGAUACAUUCGAAGACGUGGUGAUGUUUUUCGGAAGCAGGAGUGCUCUAGAAAAACAGAUCGACCACGUAAUCGCCUACGGUCUUCGGGAGAGCUACGAAAAGGUCCAAGAACUGCAAGGCACGUUCUGCUCCCUGUGGCACGAAAAACACGAUUCUUACGAAGUCUUUGUACAAAUUCUAGAGCCGCUUGUCGAGUGUCUAGAAAAAGUCAAAAGCAGCCCGCAGAGAUGGAAAGCGUCAAUUUCCGAACAAGCUGGGAUCCUUCUAAACAAAGUGAUGAAAUUUGACUUCAUCAUCGCGAUGGUGGUCCUAAAGAACACGUCGUCUUUUACCAGAGAGUUGAGCGCCGGUCUCCAGAAGGAUCAUUUCAGCGCCGCGUUCCAGUUGUGUCAAAUCACCGGAAUCGUUGCUACGUUGAACAGAAUCAAAACAAGUUUGAAAGUGUUUCACCAGAAUUGGUUCGACGAGGCUUGUGCAAUUGCGCAUAGUCUAAGGGUGCCCGUUGAAGUGCCUGAAAAGUAUUUACCCAGGGACAACAUGAUCAAGCCGCUGGGUUUUUACAGAGAUAGCUUAAGCGUGCCGCUCGUCGAUAACCUCAUCAAUGCGGUGAAGGAUCAUUUUUCCGAGGAUCACAAAGAAGCUCUCAAUUUCCUGUCCUUGGUUCCUUGCUUGGUGACGGUGAGCUACAUGUUUGAGAGCUUAAAGUCAAAGCCGCCUCUCUACAGCAGCGAUCUUCCCGAUGCCGACAACUUUUUCACUGAACUCUGCUGUUGGAGAGUAACAUGGAAAACCAAAGUCGCAUCCGUGACUAUUCCCAAAUCAAUAUUCCACACAUUGCGUCUGCCGGUCAUGCAGUACUUCGGCAACAUCAACGCUCUCCUGAGGAUUAUGUCCGUCUUACCCAGCACCGCCCUUGAGGACUGUGGCGUUGUCAUGCGACACAAGAAGUUCCAAGAGUACUUGAGGAACACUAAUCCCAAAGACCGGUCCCCGUGUUUGGCUGUGCUACAGGUGGGCACAGAUUUCAGCCGAGACCUGGAUCGCAUGGUGAGCCAGUGUUUGAAGGUGACGCCACAAGCCCUGGAGGGUAUCUGUUUGGAUAAGGAAUCCAAAACCUUCACCAGGAAUUCCGACAACAACAUGGAAGUCGAUGAGUCCAUCAAGGAGGAAAACGACAAUGACGAAAUUCAACAGUGUUCGGACAUAAAAGAAGGCCCGCAAGUAACGGAUGACAAUUGCCAUGUUGGAGAUAACCGUGAAAGUCUGGCCACCGUUUUUCGACUCGCUGCGCUUCUGGGAAAAAAGAACACCAGCAUCACGUCUCUUUCUGAAGAGGAACGAGAGUAUUUCACUCAGGAGCUCAACAUGUGCCACUGGUUCAAGAAGAAGGACGACAACAAAUCCGCGCCAUCGAUAAGCGAAGCGGAAAUUGUCAAGUUACUCGCGGAGGGAAUGAGAGACGCGGUACAGAAAGAGAUCGCCGAUUCGCCGUUCUUCUCGCUUAUUACCGACAGACCUGUAAAAAUCGGCGACGAGACUCACGUACCCGUUUUUGUCAGGUACGUUCGAGAAUCUUCUCCGAAAGUCGAGCUGAUGGGCUACUUGUUAUAUGAAGAAAACUGCGACAUCGAUACUCAAGCAAAGAAGCUAGCUAAAGUCAUCACGGAGGACUGGGGAUUACCGAUGUCCCGCUGUCGAGGUCAAGCGUUCAUGCACUUGGGUUCCGGGUACGAAAGUCUUCGGAAAAUGUCUUUGGAUUUCCUGAAGAGUUACCCGCUAUGCGUCGUGACGCCGAGCGAGUCCUGCGGCCUCGCCAGUUGGCUGGUCGGAAUCCGGCCUUGCUCUUUUGUAGCAAAAGUACUCGAUAUCACAGAAGACCUGCUAAUGUUCUUUGAUCGAUCCCCGUCUCUGGAACGAAAGUUGGCGCAGGCGCAGGAUGGGCUUUUGAACAUGCCGAGGGAGGCCUUGGAGGAAAUUCCCGAGACGUGUUGCUCGAGAUGGAAAAGACGAGAGGACUACUUCGACAUUCUCGCCGACACGUUGGAGGACAUCCUCAGUUGUUUGGAUGCCGUCGGUUCCACCGUCAAAGGCGCCAUGUCGGUGCACGCACAAGUUCUUGCAGCUGCUUUAAGAACCAUGGAUUUCAUAGUCACCCUCGUGAUCCUCAAGAACGCUUGCGCUCCUCUUAGUAGCUGUAGCGUCGUAUUCCGCUGCGGAAACCCUGCCGAUAUUCUUUGCGAAGUGGAGAAGAUCCCGGCGAUCAUCGAGAACCUCAAUAAAAUGUUGGAAAACAUCAGCGCCGUCCACGCCGCUUGGUUCGAACAGGCGUUCCAGUUAGCUACCAAGCUAGCACCCGAGCAGGUCGGCUUUCAUCAGGAGACCAGUGACUACGAUUCCUCGGAAGUACACUACAAAGAGAACCUCAGUAUUCCGCUUCUCGGAAAACUCAUCGAUGAACUGAAGUACAGUUUCUCGGAUAGCCACUUGAAGGGACUGUCCAUCCUGUCCUUGCUACCGUCCUGCAACCCGCAACCGGUUUCCCCAGAGAACCCGGACAAGCCUUUCAGCUGCUACUUAACCGAUCUUCCGGAAGCGGACACACUGGAGCAGGAACUCAACGCCUGGGCCGCCGUAUGGGGAGACAAAGACCAGGACGUCUCUCCUCCGACGUCCAUCGCCGAAACAUUAGUUCACCCGGAAUCAAAGAACCACCCACGAGUUAGCUUACUGCUUCGGCUCGUCGCCGUGCUCCCCAGCGUCGGAAUCGAAUGCGACCUGAUGAAGACCACUUUGAAUUCCAUGAGAGAUCUGAUAAGGAAUACCGUCUGCAAAGGGAACAGGACGGUUCGAGUGAUGCUGCGCUCUCACGACGCAACACUGCGGAGGCUGCCCGAAGUCGUCGCCAAGUGUAUCGAGGUUGAUGCGGACAGCAGUCCACGUCUUUCACAGGUCUUGGAGACUUUACGGGGACUACAUUUGGACAGGGGGAGCGUCAACCAAGAAGGUUCAAACCAGGAGACACCCUCAGAACCAGAAGCGACCGGCGGUCCUACAGACGCAGAUACUGAAGUGGUCCCGGAACCCGGUCCAGGACCGAGACAACCAGUGUCCUUUUACGAGCCGCAGAUCCGUGAAGAAAUCAUCAAGGAACUCUGGGAUUCUCAGUUCUUCACGAUCAUCACGGAGCAGUACGUUGACAUCAGCGGCGAGGUUUACGUCCCGCUGUGCAUCAGGUACUUGAACAAGGACGACAUCCAAUGUGAAGAAACGCUGGCUUUCAUUCCUCUUGUCGGAGACUCCGCCGUCCUCUCCGAGUCUAUCGAGACGGCGUUGUCGGAAAAAUGGGGCCUCAACAUGGCGUACUGCCGAGGACAGACGCUGCUGAGCGUCGGCGAAGUCGGAGCGCAAAUGAGAGCCGUGAGCUCGGCGCUCGCCGAGAAGUACCCUCAAGUCGUGAGAACCGUCAGCUCCAGUUUGUCCUUCAAUUCGUGGCUGGCGAAGUCCUCGCCGACGGAAGCAGCCGCAGACGCAACGGUCCGGAUCGACCAAAUCCUACACUGGCUAACCGCCGACGCGGAGCGGCAAAAUAAACUGGAAGAGAUGAUCCUCCUGGUUUUCCAGCACAACGAAGCCAAGGGGAACGAGCUGAGGGACAAGCUCACAAAGACGUGGGAGAAGAGUCACGACAUGCAUAAAGUCAUGGCGGACAUCAUCGAAGCCGUCCUGCUCUGCUUAAGCCAACUCAAACAUCACGGAGACGUUUCGGACCGGCGACAAGCGUCGCGGUUUUUUGACACCAUCACGAACUUUGAGUUCAUCCUGUCCUUGGUGGUUCUCAGACACGUUCUCGGCGCCACCAAGAAGCUGAGUCAGUCCCUGCAGGGAAAACCCUUGGACAUGUUGCUCGCCGUGAACAGUUUGCCCGAUGUCACCGCGUCUCUCAGGGAAUUGAAGACAGACAUGGACGCGCGGCACAAAGCGUGGUUCGACGAAGCCGUGGCGCUCGCGGCUAAACUCCACAUCCCGAUGUUGCAUUCGGUUCUCUUGGAACCUUUGAGCGAUUUCUACAAACGUGCGCUCAGUUUAAAAUUUGUCGAGCACUCGUUACUCGAAAUCGACGAGCUCUUCACCGAAAAGGUCCUGGAUACGUUGAGGUGUCUGGAGAUUGUGCCUUACGCAAUGUCCAAAGUCCAAACCAGCACCCUCGGCGGUCUCGUGCUGCGCCUGUACAAGGAAGACCUCCCCGACGAGGCCUCCCUCGACAACGAGAUCAACACGUGGAAGGAGAAGUGGUUGGACCCCCUGGCGGGUUACCUUCCCACCACCGUGCUCGAUGCCCUCAAAACAUCACAGAUCAGAAGCUUCAGCAACAUCGAGACUCUGCUCCGACUUCAGGUCAUUUUGCCCUUUUCAAGACGGGAGAGUAAUUUCAAGCAAGGAAAGAGAAGCUUACAGGAAUUUCUACAGCAGGAAAAAAGAUCUUUCGCCGAGCUCCAUCCUCUGUGAAGCUGCAAGGUCUUCCAUCAUGGAGAAGGUGGUGAUUUCCCACCACAUUUGAGUUCCGUAAUCAACAUUUCUAUGUACAUUAUUGAUUAUGAAUUUCUUUUCCAUUUGUUGAUAGUCUACAAACCGAGUUUUUUUUUUUUUUUAUAUAUUUCCCCUUUUCUGUAGUUUGUACAGUCGUACUGGUCAGUGGGGACCAACAUGGCGUAAACAAAAGUCAGGUGAAAGAAAAGCAAUGUUUCAUUGAUGGUUAUCAAUGCUGGUGUGCCUUGAUCUAACAAAAAUAUUUCCUAAAAAAAAAAAAAUGUCCCAUUAGUGUCGUCAUUACCAAAAAUUGACAUGGCUGGCAUCAGUAUCACCUUUUUAUGACUUCUUUUACUACGAAACGUCACCCUUUUUACCUUUUUCUUGUGCACACAUUGAAAAUGCUUUGUUGCGUCAUGUUCUGAUGGGUUGCCAUGUCUUCGGUCACAUUUGCUGUAAACCUAGCUUUUAAAGAAUGUCUCCUUGAUAUGGAAAAUCUUCUAUAUAUAUUUGUCAAAAAAAGUAAUAAAAGUUGUCCAAAAAGAGCCAUUGUGGUGUUU